UAACUCCCAAGAACACAAAAUGGCGGCUAACGCAGGGGAUUCAGCAGGGACAUCUGCCCCUCCAGAGCCUGAUUCAAGUGAAAAUGCUCCUCUGUUGCAAGAACAAGAUGAUCGAAAUGAAAAUCUGGGACCACCACCUCCAUUCGUCGCAAGUCCUCCCCCCAUAAUUCCUGGAACACCUCCACCGGCUUAUUCAGAAAUGCCACCACCCUACGCCCCACCAAUUUCAAUGAACACUGAGCCAUCUGUGAUCUGCAGAGUUUGUCAACAGCUCAUUUACAUUAAAGGAAGGGAACACCAGCGGGUUGUGAAGUGUGCCAACUGUCAAGAAGCUACGCCUAUAAAAGCACCUCCAGCUGGCAAGAAAUACAUUCGUUGCCCGUGUAAUGCUCUGCUGACCUGCAAGGUCUCCUCCGUCAGGAUAUCUUGCCCAAGAGUUAACUGCAAGCGCAUAAUCAACCUUGCAGCACCUCCAAUGCUGCCGCCAGCAGCAACAAUACCAGCUAUGGCUAGAAGUCAGUUUAGAGUGACUUGUGGACAUUGCAAUGAGAUCUUUGUGUUCCACACAACAAGCCACUUGGCCAGAUGUCCCCACUGCAGAAGAAUAUCUUCAGUGGGACCAAAUUUUGCCAGGACUCGUGCCACUAUAUUUGCUGUCAUUGGAUUCAUCUUCCUAGCAGCAGGUGUUGGAGUUACUGUGGGAACCCUGGACCUUGCAAGAGAUUCAGGAGGUAUCUAUGUGGUUUGGAUUGGCGCAUUUGUUGCUGGUAUCCUUAACUUGAUCAGAAGUUGCUAUUACUGCACCAUGACUGUCAGUUCAAUUGAAGGAGAACCAUAAAUGGGUGUCCUUGAAGAAGGCAUCAAUAGAAAGAACAGCAAGAGAUGUCUUUGCAUGCAAUUGUUAUUUUGUAAUAAAAUCAGCCUGGAUGCUAUGCACAAAUUUGAGGAAAAACAAGUUGCAGUGCUUAGAAUAUUGCCUUGACAGUGGGCGAGAUCUUACUGUCUGAUUGUUUUUUUUUGUCUAAUUGUCUUAAUCACAUUGCAGUAUGUUCAGGUCUUUUCUUUCUUACUUUCUUACUUGCUUACUAAUUCAAUGUCCAAAUGAAUCAUUGACUGUCUGCUAUUUUGAGUACUGUACUGUGUUAGAGCAAGUUUUUUUUUUUUUUGUUAAUGAAAUUUAUGCAGUAACCUCAGGUUUCGUAAUUUUCUCAUAAUCAUUAUUUUAUUUCCACUUUAUCAUUUUUGAAUGUGCUAGGAUAAGGCAGAAUGUGAGCCAUGUUGGCUGAAGGCAUAUUUUAUUCAGCAAAGAACUUGAAAAAGAACAAAGAAGAACCUGCAACCAGAGGUCUUUGGUUGACAGUAAAUAUUGUUCAAAUGUGUGCUUGGCAUACUAGCAAUGAAAAACCAUUUAUAAUUAUUUCACAUUAUAUAUUAGAAAUAGAGAUAUGUUAAGAAAGGAAGCAUAGUUAUCCCAAAACUAACUUUCUAAACUGAAAAUAGCAAGUUGACCCAAAUAAUUUAGUAUGUACAAAACUAAACUGCUAAUAUCAUGAAUGAAUGGCAGUCUUAAACAAGGUUUUUUAGGUGUCUUUCAGAAACUUAUCCAUCCCAGUCAUUUCAUAAAUUGAGUAGUUUUGAUCUUUAGAGGGCCCCUUGGUUGUUUUAUAGAUUUUGCAAGCAGUGUUAGAGAUUUUGCUGUUUGUAUGCAUAGUUGGUGAGAAACUUUUCAGGAAUAUUACUGCAGUCAUCAUAACUUUCUUACCCAUCUGGAGGGAAUUUAUGUUACAUGUUAAUUUUGUGGAUUGUAUGGAGUUUGUCACAGAGUUGAGAGGAGUUUUCUGUGAAGUUCUUUGGUUACACAAGGUGUGCUUCUGUUGUACAACAACUGUUUUUGAAAUUUUUAGGACUUCCUUGAUCUUUUCUCUUUGGCUUGUAAUAAUAUACAUGAAAAAAUUACACUUGUCUGAUUGGUUUAAAAUGAGUACGUUAAUCAUGCACCACGAGUGUAGAUUUGUGACCCAUGUGCAAAUACAAAUGGCGAGUAUGCUACCAAAAUUUUGUCUGUUGACCCUCCUUGAUGAGUUUUUCAUGUAAAUUAUUAAAAAGUAACAUGAUUCUUGUGCAAUUUGGUGUAAAGAAGCGUUAAAUUUAUCAAAGACUACAAAUUGUACACACUCCACAGGCUUGUGUAAUUUUGUGGUCUUUAAAGAAUUAACUCCUGCUUAUUAACACCAAAUUGCACUCGAAAUCAUGUUGUUAACUAUACUAACCAAGCAAAAAUCGAGAAUCAACAACAGGAUUGUGUUAUGUUCUUUGAGAAAUUUAUUGCCAGUGAACAACAUGAUCAUUGUAAUUUUGUCACUCUGUGUAUGAAAUGUAAAAAUAAAAUCAACUUGAUAUUUAA